AUGAAUCACGAAGCACCGCACGGUUUUGUACCCGUGUGCGCUUCCGUACUCUACGAAACACCCGGAGCCAUUUACGUGAGCAUAGAUCCGGAUGUAUGGAAAAUCAGGUGUCGACAAUGUCAGGAAAAAACCGAACACAAAUGCGCUUUGAAAAAAUUGAAAAAAAAAUUUCGCGUAUCGACGGAAUAUUCGAGAAUGAAAGAAAAAAUAUCGGAAAAAGAUGAUGAUGUUGAAAAAAGUAAAGAAAAAUCGCCGCCAAAACCUGAUAAAGAUAAGAAUAAAGUGUCGGCGGUUAAAAUCACGGGUCAAGCGUUAAAAAAACCGAGAUCUCCGACUGCGAGCGAAUUAGCUCUACUACCAGCCGUUCCCAUACCUACGAAUUACUGUGCAUGUUCCGACAGGCCCAUGGACAUAACGGCUCUACCCUAUACCUGUAACUGCACCAUAUACAGACCGCUGAAUUUUUCCCUACAACUCGAAGUGUCCGGCGAAUUUAAACCCGCAUACGUUCCGAAGGAAAAAAAAAUUAAAGAUUCCGUUUGA